CAGACAUGAUUACAAGGACUUGACUAUCAGUUCAUUUAGAAAUGAUCUGUUUGGGCUUAUUUUUCAUGUAAUCUCAUUUAUCACUGAAAUGGUUGCUAGGACGCUAUACUUUGUAAUUUGAAACUUGCUGUAGAAAAGAGCAAUUGUGAAUAGGUUUUUAAACAUAUUUUCUUCUUGGCAGCCUCGAUAUAGUGAAAUUAUUGAUGCAAAAUGGGUUUUAUUAGAUCAAGUCCUGAUCUUACAAGCACUUGUAUCUGGACUUAACUUUAUUCAGAGUUGCAGAAUGAUUCAUGUUAGAUCUCUGAGUGAAGUUAAGCAUGCAUAAAAUGGAUCUAUUCAGCUAGCCUUAAAUUCCUGCUAGCUUUCUGUGUCUGAUACUUUCUUCUUGGUUGGCUCCUGGCAAAUAUCUGUCCAGGUUACUACUUAGACCAUGGAAAUCAUUCUUCAGUGGUCACUAGCUUUUACCACUGAACAAACACAGAGACUUGUGCAAAAUGGAAGCUGUGUGAAUAUGAGCUGGAUUGCUUAAUACCCCAGUGAGAUGGUUAAUAGUGCACAUUACGUGCCUGCAUGGCAUAUUGGCUACGUCCUUUCAAAUCCUAGUCCCUGGCAAUUAUUAGCAAGUCUUCUGACUUUCCUCUCACCUUUUCUGUGUCAGGGUAUCUUUAAACACUUACAGUCUAUUCCAGAUGAUGCAGAUGGAACUGGGAUUCUGGCUGCAAGCACUGGAGAUCACGCUUGACACACAUGGCUAGUUGGUUUUGGCAGAAGCGGUCCCUGCAGGACCUUGCCUCAUGCAGACCCGGGCAGCAGCUGGCUGCUGUAGGGAGCAUCCAAGCAAGCAGUCCUGAGUGAGUGGGAGGAGUAGGGAGAGGUAAACAGGCUAGAGAGCCCUUAAUCCAUGCAGUGGGAGCAGCCACUGGAAGGAACAGGUCUGGGAAUCCUGAAUAGGAAAUGAAUACUAAAUUUGUUUUGUAUGUCAGAAAGAGGAGAUUUGCACAUUUCUGCUAAGAAUUCUGAAAUAUGUACAUAUACCGGUGAGAAUAAAUACUUAUCUGGAUAUUUCUAAUCUUACAGAUAAUUGUGUUCUGCAGUUAUUUGAAUAUUAUGCACUGAAGAAUCUUUCUUGUGAGUUCGGAACCCAGGAGGCCUGACUCUUUAUCCACUUAUAUCCUCUUCCUAAGUGACUAGUUAACGCAAGGGGAAUUAGUCCCAAUUUGGAACAGUCCUGGCUUAUUUUCUGAAGUGUCAGAAUGUGACCAGAUAAGUCAGUAGGCAUGUAAGCCCAGAGAUGUGGUGGAAUCCUGAUUCAAAAGAUGACAGGAAUCAUGUUCAUUGCACUCUAACUGUGAUUGAGAAAAGUAUUUACAGCUUAAGAAAUGUGCAUUACAUGCUAUUGUCAUGAAAAGAAACCGCAAAACAUAGGGAAAAAGCCAGCUCACUCCUUGGAACAUCUGGGAAAAGCAGAUGAACAGAAGGCUGAUCCCAAGGAGCGUACAGGAGGCAGUGAUUUGCCUGCCCUCUGUUGAUACCCUUCAUCUCUGGUUUUGCCGUUAUCAGUCUUGGUACAGUAAAUGAGUAAAUGUUGUCAGCUUGUCCUGAAGACUUGAGGCCCAUGAGUGAUCUUGGGGCUGCGGGAAGGAGGAAUUGGCUCUGAGAUGUUGGGGAAAAUGUAGGGACAAAAAGACCCCACUUCUGAGCUGGAAAGGGGAAAAUGAUGUCGGGCUGGAGGGAGAGCAUGGUUACUUGCUGUGCUGAAGGUAACUGAGGGAGCAGUGGGUGAGGACAGAAAGGAUUACUUUGUUCUAGUGUCAGACUCUAGCAAGGGGAUAUGAUCUCCACAUCGUGAAGCAAUCAUUAAUACAAAUCUUUAUAAACUGGUUUUAAUCAAGUCUGCUAGCAAUAGCACGUAAAGCUCUGACUAAAAUCCCCUCACUAAGAAUUUGGGAGAAGUUGACAACCAUGCAAAUACCACCCACACAGCUGGUGGUUGUGGGCCCAGAAAUCAGGGCAUGCCAAAAACCACAGGACAAUCCCUUAAAACAAUAAAGCAACUCUACUAUGCUCUCCGCUGCUGCUGGGGUUACUGUGGCUCCCAGGCUGGCUGGAGUGUCUCUGCAAACCUCCUCUGAAUGUACCAGCUCCCUGGGUACCCUUCUCCAUUGUAUGGCAUAGACCUACCCCAAAGCCGGCUGCAGGGAACCCGUGGUUUUCCAACAUCCACUAGCCAGAUUGUUGGCUUGCCAGAGGCUUUGCAGCACAGACUGGCUGGAGCAGGGCCCAAGGGUGUGAGCUGGUGUGCUGGGAAGGAGGCAGCACGAGCAACAUGUCUCCAGGGAGCAGAGAUGGGAGUUUCUGUGUGGAUGGCAAGCACCUAUCACGGGGGGGUAUGGGCAAGUUUUGUACUCCUUUCCUGCUCAGGAUAAUCCAGGAGUCUAAUUUAGACAACUACAGCCCCAGCCAGAAAACUAAAAUGCAGUGCAUGUGACAGCUGAGGUUCUGCAUGAGGUGUUGAAUCACUUCUAUGGCAUUUUUCUAUAAGUACAAAUUGAUGGUUUUAGUAUGGAAAAAAAAAAAGGAUUUGAAAGCUGAAUAAACACCAAUGCUUCAAACAAAUAUAUGCUCUACUCUUCUUUGCUGUAUAUAGGCCUUAACUUGCUAAUGCUGCUGUUGAAUUGUGUAGAUUGGCUCAAAGUUAUCAUAACAAUGCUCGUUUCUUAUAUAUGAGUCAGUGUAGGAAGAAGUCUUUCUUUUAAAAAAUAGCUAAGGACGGGGGAUAAAAUAGAUGACUUGUAUACAGAUAUUUUUAGCUAAACCAACUUGAUUAUAUGAGAAGUUUAGGUCUAUAAAGAUAACAGAGUUCCUCAACUGUUCCCAUCUGUCUUGUCCCUGUCCUGUGUCAGCAGGGGGAAGUAGUAACUAAGACCUUCUGUGGCUUAGAUAGUAAGUGCUUUCAUUGGAGUAUUUUUGUCCACCCUCCUUUCUUUCCCUCUUUGACAUCAGUAAGAAGUUUUAUUUAUACACUGCUACGAGGUAUUAUAUCUACUAUGGAAAAUUACUGACAACUGCUUUGUCAGUGACUCUUACGUCCAAGUAAAUCUGCUUCCUUUUACAACGUUUUUGUUAAUCUGGAUUAAAAUACUGGAGGUGCUGCUUAGAUUUCUACUGCCUGCAAGAUAUUAAUAUUGUUUCAGUUAGACUGACUGCUGUAACAGCAGUUUUCUAAAAAUUGCAGUGAUGGUGGCUUCGAGGCAUGCAGUGAGAGCAAGGACACCUCUUGUUCCCCAUCUAGAUCCCAGGCUACGUCUCCAAACCCCGUGCCUGCUCGGAGCGGAGCUAGUUUAGCCCCACCCUCUGAGCAGUCCAGCCUUUAUUUAUAUGAAGUCUGUGGUCCAACUGGCUUCAGAUGGCGUGUGUAUGUGCGUGUGCCUGCCUUCUGAGUGUGUGAGACGAGCUGGGAUCAUGAGCCAGGGUUGUUCCAAGUGGUUUUAAUCAGCAGCCCAUUAGAGGAGAACGGAAAACUUCUAACAGGAUAAGAACCGACUGUGGACAGGACGUGUUAAGCUUUAACCUCUCGCUUUCUUGGAUACUAUUGUCUGGCUGAGGAGUUCCUUCUGCAAAGAGGGUGAGGACUUCUGCUCCUCACCUGUCUGCUGGCAGGUUGUUCCCGUACCCCCAUGGGAGGGUGCUUCCCAAGCCUCUGCUCCUCUGGAACCCAUGACUUCUUGCCAGGCACCAGGAAAGCGCUCAGCAGCGGAAAUGGUGAAAACUCUUGCUAGUAUUGGGUAAAGCGUGCCUUUGACUUUUUUUACCCUGGCAAGACGUAGCUACUUGGACUGCAUCUGCAAUGUGGCAAAAGGCGAAGUGAGGACGGCAAAGAGGCCAUGGUUUGUGGGCAAGUCCCCAGGUGCCGCAGGCUUUGUCGCCCUCGUCCCUUCCUCCUGGCCUUAGUGGUGGCCGUCUGUCUGUUCUGCCAGACCCUGACUCCUCUCAUGAGCAGCAGCAUCCUUUCAGCAGUCGUCAACGGGAUUGCACCCAGCAAACUGACUAAAACCCAGCAAGGACGAUACAAGGAGGUCUCCCCAAGCAACACUCACUGCUUCCUCCCUGGCAGUAAUUCACAGACGGUGAAAAAGAUCAAUGACUCCAUUCUCCAGUACUUUGGAAGCCGUACGAGAAGAGCAGUUCUGUACGCACCUCCUGCCCACCGUGAAACCGACCGUCAACUCUGUCAGAGAAUCCUGGCAAAACAUGGAUAUACAGUCACGGUCCUUGAAAACAGGAGGCUGAUGGAAGAUCCCAGGCUUGAGGGCCCUUAUCACAGUGGUGUAAGCCCUUGGGAUCUUCUGAUCUGCUUAUCUUCCAGAAAAAAUGAUGGUACUGGCUGCAUUCAAAUAGAAGACUUGCAUCAUCUAGAGUUAUUCCAGAAGGUAAACCUACUUCCAGAAAUCCAGCAUUUCCUUUGCAGAAAAGAGGGAUUAUGCCAGAUAAAAAAAGCCUUUUCAGACCUGCAGCUCCCAGUUGUCACCCCAGAGUGCUCCGGCCAGCCUGGGCUGUCAAGGGUCAGCGCCUCAAGCAAUGUGUCGCAGGGCAGCGAAAGCACUGACAAGACACAUACUGCCCAUCUGCAGUACUGGUGGAAGCAGAGCACGAGCGCACAGCUGAAUCAAGCAUCAGCUUCACCAGACCACAAGGACAUCCUUAAAGCUCAAGACCUUUCUGUCAUCAUCAAAGCAUAUGUGCUUGUGACAUCCUUAACACCUCUGCGGGCAUUCAUUCAUUCAACUACCACUGUCUGGCAUCCACCCAAGAAGAAGCACUUUUCCGUAAAGCUGCAAAGGUUUUUUGAGAUAUUCUUUAAAAGCAGUUCUCCCCAGCAAGCCUUCAACAACAUGAAGGAAGCUAUAAGCAAACUUCUGCUUAUAACGGAGGUCUUCAGUGAAUCAUCUGCCUCAGGAUCAAAUUCUUUCAAUCAAUGCAGCCAAUGUUUUCAAAUGCUAACUUUUGACAUUGGAUUCAGCACCUCCAUAUACCCAGUAGUUCUUGAGGUGCAUGAAAACUUUGAUUUUCAAGAUGAGGAUGAAGCAAAUAUUCAGGGCCAAACUUUCAAAGAAUUUCUUCUUGAAGAUACUUUUAAAUUUCUUUUAUCUAAUGUGUCCUCAACAUCCAGUUUCAUAGAAGCUUUACAAAAAAUAUAUGGAUCAGCUGUGAGCAAGGAUGGAAGUUACCACAGAGAAGAUGAGCAAUGUUUGUCUUUAGAAGAGAUAAAUUCAGUGAUUACUUUCAUAAAGGAGCUGAAGAGUCUUGGACAAUUUGAGCUGCUUUUCCCUUCUGCUGCACCCAAGAUUCAAACUUUACUGCGUGACCUUUAUCACAUGGUAGACCCAAUGAGGCGGCUUGGUUCAGUCCUGACUGUGCAUUUGUUGCUCUCCAGUUUACUUGAACAAUUCCAGUUCAUGACUGAAGAGGCACAUACAAAUCUUUCAGAAUGGAGAAACAAGAAGAACUCUAGAAACUCAUCUCAAACUAUAAUGAAAUCGUUACAGCCUAGGAAUUCUCAAAAAAAUGCAAGUCCUAAGCAGAAUGUGCCUUCUGGCUUCAGGAAGAAUCAUGAAGCAUUGCAUUAUUCCAGUAAGACUAAAGAAAGACAAUGCAGUUAUGAUAAAGAUACCCUAUCUCAUAUCAGGCAGAUCUUCACCAGUCCACAGCUGGACUUGAAUCCUCAGUUUAACCCAAAGAUCAAAGAAUACUACGCAGAAGUCCCAUUCGACAUGGUGACAGUGAAGAUAGGAGCAGAACCAUCUAACUGUCAAUGCCGAGUACACCUUGAUGAGAAGAAAGGGCCAAGCAUUGCUAACUACCCCCUUGGCCUUGGAUUGAACAAAGUAAUCAUUCUCGUAACAGAUGAUUCGCAGCCCAGCCCUCAGCUUGUGAGCAGCUACAAAAUCACAAUUUAUCGAGAGGACCGCCCUAGUCUGCCUUUGUUUGAUGACUAUAUGAUAUGUGGGUUUGUGCAGGACUGUGGUUCUCGAAUUCGUCCAGAGGAGUCCUGUGGCUUGCAGCCUCUGUCUCCUGAAUACCUCUCAGCAAUUUCACAGACAGUGUUUAAAACCUGUGAAGCUGGAGACACAAAAGGGCAGUGGAUUGUCCCUUGCCUCAGCUGCUCUGACAACAGGACCUGCGACUGGAGAGAAAUAACGUGGCAGCCCCACGGCUGCCGAUACUCGGUGCUAGCCAAGCCCGAGCUCCAGCGCUGUGUGGAGGGCAGAAGGAUUCUUUUUAUAGGUGACUCAACUAACAGAGGGAUGAUGUACUAUCUAAUAGAAAGGGUGAAUAAGACUCUUCAGGAAUGGCAAAAGACUCAUGAUGUUAAAUGUUAUCAUAAUAUCAAUGAGGGGAAAACAUUUAUCAGUUACUCCUACUACCCCCAGUUUUGGAUGAACGCAAACCAGAGACCGACUUUUGAAAAAGCACUAGAACAACUGCUGCAGAGAUCACGUCCCCUGGAGAACACAGACCAGACCGUAUUAAUUGUAGGUGGCGUUCAGUGGCUUAAUUCCAAUCACCUGCAAAUUAUCCAAAAGGUGUUGAACAGGGAAAAUCUAUCAAAUAUCCUGGUAAUUAUCAAAUCCAUAGGGAUGGGCUUUCACCUCCCAGUGGACGGAAUACAUUCUCUGUCACAGGCAGAAGUGCAAAACUUAUGGAAUGAAAACUUGAUUAUUCUGGAUACAGCAAAAAAUUUCGGCUAUGAAGUUGUUGACACCUUUGUCAUUACCAUGGGACGUUACAAAGAAUUCCUGCAAGGGAAGUGUGGCUGCCAUUUCCAUGAGGUGGUGAAAUCCAAUCCCUCUGAAGAAAGUCCGCACAUAACAAUGACGUUAUCAAGGCACUAUACACUGGGGAAAUAUCUUGGCAGUCAAAGCAAGCCAUCACAACUGCAGGACUAUGCAACAAAUUCUCAGUCCCCAUAUCAUGUCCGAGGCCCAAUAAAUCAAGUUUAUUCUGAAAUCCUUCUCAGCAGGCUCUGUGCAAGUAAGAGGGAGCUCGUCAGCACAUAGCCUCUCUUGGAUAUAAUGCUGGGCUUAGAGAUGUGCCACUACCUGAGUGACAAUUGAAGGACCGUGGUGAAUUUAUGACAUGCUUCCUUGGUUGGCUGCACACACCCCAACAGAGUCUGGGACAUGUGGCAUUUUUCCUAAAACUUUAUGAAAUCAAGAUAUGCCCUGGCAACUCUGUGGUGUCAAAAUGGAAGAUGUAGGGUUACAAAAGAGAGAAGAGGGGAAGUUACUUGAACUGUUGCCAAAGGCUAGAACAGCUGUAGCUCAAGCAGCUGUGUAUUAAUGAUAGUAAAGAGAGAGAAAUAUAUACACUUGAAUGAUUUGGAAAGGACUGCUUUAGCUCUUAAGCACUAUCUAGGUUUCUAUUUAUAGAGACACUGUAAUAUUUGAAUGUAUUUAGAAACUGGCUACAUUCCAUUUUAAAGAGUUUUAUUUUAUGUGGAUGGGUUCCCCUUCAAUAUCAAACCUUUUCUAUUUAGACACUUGGUUUAUACAACUUGAAAAUGUCUAUUAGCAUUUUACUAAUGAUGUCAAGUUUUGAACUCUAGUGUUUUUACUGAAAACACACCCCUUCUUUGUAUCUUAGAUGGAACAGAUGCCUACUCUAUUUUUUGCAUGUUCUAAAGCUAAUAUAGGGAUAGAUUACUUAGACUUGAGACUGAUUAUAACUGUCUUGAUGUAACAUGUAAAUAUAGUGAAUAUGUUAACCUUAUUUAUGGUCCCAGUUUAGGAGACUGGCCAUAUGCAGGAAGACUGCUUAGAUAUGUACUUCAGUGUCUACCUUGACCUGUAAGCCAAACAAGUAUUCUCCCUGCAUGGAAGUGCCAUUUCUUUUAUGAUUUUUUUGUAAAAUACUUGCCCAUGUGUGAAGCCAGUACCACAAACAGAAGAAAAAUCCCCUUUGCAAGCACACAUAAGAACUUUGGGAUCUGGUUUUUAAGUUGUCAUGAGGAGCGUGUGAUGUGAUGGGAGCAGGAUAUACUGCCUGCAUCUCAUGCUUGGCAGAGACAAGACCUUCUCUGAAUGCCAGUUUCAUGCUGUAGCCCAGCUACAUCACCGAUGUUUGCACACCGACUCUGGGUGGAACCCCAGGGAGAGGCUUUACCACCACAGUCUGCUGAUCCCCUGCCACAGCGUUGGCAGCACGCUCAUUCACAGUUGCGGUGCCCUGAUGGGAAACCAAGCACGGUCCAGGCUUAGCAGCUGGAUGAUGGGUUAAUGGCACCCCAUAAGACUGUUCUCCCUACAAAUUAUCCAGAUACGGCUUUUUAUGAAUCCAGUCAUGGAGCAGGCAAGCAAGGCACCACUCUCUCCUACCACGCACUAGAGAAGGGAGUCAGAACCAGGUAAGUACGAGCCUAAGGAAGAAUCCGCCAAGCUCUGUGGCAUGCUUCCCCCUUCACAAUUUUACAUAUAAUCCUCCACUAGCUUCUACUGCCUUUGGGAAAGGAAGAUGCAAGCGAUGUCAGGGAAUAAAUGAAUUAUAGCACAGAACUAAUCACCAUCUUACUGGCCUUAGUAGCACACAGAGGGGCUGCCCUGUAUAGAAGUAGGGCUAGAAAUUCAUGGCACCACAUUUAGGAUUUGCCAAAGAUCCUUAAACUCAACACAGUCUGUAUCCCCAGCUAAAGUUUUGUGAAUUCUUGCUCGUUCAGAUAAGAUAUGUAGAGGUAUGAUGGGAAAUUGUCACUCAGUAUGGAGUUUGGCUUCUGUAGAUGAUAAGAGGAUCCUCAAAAAGAAGAUCUGGCGUAUCUAAUUUAGGAGACUUUUCAGUAUAUUGACAAAGCUCCUAAUUUAGACAAUGACAUUACAUUUAGUGAGACAGUGUGAUUAUCUGUUUCUGUAUAAUAUGCUGCUGCUUUUCUUACAGUCAAUGUCCCUGAAUUUCUAUGUAUGGUUUUUCCUGGCAUGGAGCUUUACAUGAAAGAUGGGUCAGGAGCUGUACAUAAAUACUGAAAAUGUCAGCAUUUGAUUUUGAGAAAAAUGAUUAUCUAAGGAAUAUAAUUGUAUGUAAAUGAUAUAAUAUAUAAUCUUGGGUCUGGAAUUCCAGGGCUGCACAACCUUAAAGCUGAAGGAUUUAAAAUCACAUCAUUAAUAUUAGUAGAUGCAAAAUGCAGCCAGAUGUCUUUGGUAUUAAGAUGAUCAAUGAUCGGUGUAUUACAACUCUGCUUCUGUUAAGAUUGUUUUUGUAGCUCAUUUAAAUCCACAUGCUGUUACUGUUAUUGUUCUGUACACAAAUGUUUUUAAGGCAUGAACUGGGUUUUUAUGUUUGGGGUUUUUUUUAAUCAAAGCCUAUUACUGAAACAUCAGCUAUAUUGAUGAAAAGGAAAGAGCUGACUUUGUUAUACUGUACUGAUACCAGCAAAUUUGCAAUUCAUCACUUCUGGUUUCACCACAAAAUGGUUUACAUGUGCUGUACACCCAGAUGUCUUAAAUUUUUCCAAAUCUUAAUAUUUUUCAAAUGUAUCGAGUGGAAAUUUUCUUGUGUGUUUUCUAUUUUUUACGUGUCCAUGUACACACAUAUGUCUGUACAAAGUCAUUGGUACAAUUUGCAAAUUGAUCUUCAUUUAAAUGAGUUCUUUGAAUAAGUUUUUCUAACACCAUAUACAAUCCAUGUAAUCUUGGGAAAAAACAAGGGGAAUGCAGACUAAAACAGGUACCAAGGUACAUUUUUCAUUAUUUAAGAUAUAUCUAGCAUCUCUAGGUAUGUGAAAGAAGAGAGUUGAGAUUGACAUGGAAGCAUCGCUUGCUUAUACACAUUAACAUUUACAGAUUAUGACAAUAAAAGAAUUACCAUGUUUGAA